AAGUGGCGAUUCAACCAAUCAGAACACAGAAACGUGUUUAUUUUCGAUAAUCGUCACCACAAAUCGUGUUUUGUGGGAGAAAUAAAAUCACUUCCAAGUUUUCUGGCAAAACGAAACCACAUCGAUCCAGAUAAUAAGCUCUGUGUACAUCAAUUUUAGUGAUAAAUAGUGUACUUUUUAAUUUUUAAUCGGAAAUGAAGACUGAAACAUUCUACCUUCUCGCCAUUGCGGGGACAAUAAUGCUUGCGACGGUGACCUCCGGUCAACAUCCGGCAGCUCGACCGAUCAACCCAAAAGAGGUGAAGUGCCUUGUCUGCAAAGCUACCAUGAACGAAAUGGAACUGGCCGUUGGGAAAAUUGAUCCCAAGAAAAAGAUCGAUGUCGGCGAUUACCGGCUAGAUGCCACCGGAGAUUCUAAGAAGAAGAAAACCAUUCUAUAUGCCAAGUCCGAGAUGUAUCUGACCGAAUUGAUGGAGAGCGUGUGUGACCGCAUGGACGAUUAUGCAAAGGCCCGGUACAAGAAAAACGGUCGGCCAAUGGUGCUUAAAAUGAUGACCGAAACCGGUAUGAACCCUCUUAUGUCCGAGGUGGACUUUGUUCAGGAGGGAGAUUUAAAUAAAAGCUUGAAGCAUCUGUGUCUGGAAGUGGUAGAAGACCACGAGGAGGAAAUUAUAAAGAUGUUCCAACAAGAGGAAGUCGUGAAAGAUACGGACAUUAAAUUGUGCUCACAGGUGGCCAAUAUUUGCAACGAACUACCGAUCGAGGAAGAUUACGAAUAUGAGGGGGAUGACGAGCGAGACGAGCUCUAAGUUGAGAGAGCAUGUGCAAUGUGCAACGAAUCAGACUACAAGAUUGUGCUACAAGCCUGGAUAGUAGGACUAAAUGUCGAACAAAACCGUACCAUCAGAGUAGAUUAAAGUUUAAAAACCAUAGAAGCAUUUUUAUUGUUGCUUUGUUUAGAAACAAGAAGCAUGAUAUUUAUAAGAUAUUGCUGAAUAGAUGGAGUUUAGUAAAACCUU